CUCAUUAGUCAGGAUAUGCAUGAAGGUGUCGAAGAGGCUGGUGCACUGCAGAAAAAUCACUCUCCAAUGACAUCUGCGAACUCCACAGAAGCUGCAAAUUCUGCCUGCCUGCCUACAGAAGAUGAGUCAUUAAGCACUGUGAGCGGUGAAGUGCUCACAGAAAAAACUCCAGGGAGUGCCCUAGAAGUAAAUGAUGUUGAAGUGACCAGGGUGAAAGAAAACGGUCGUGAUAAAACUUGUAUGCUGUCAACUUCAGAAGAGGGAACAAGUGAAAAUGUGCCUAUAGUAGAAGACAUCGCAAAACAACCAAAGAAAAAUAGGAUUACUUACUCACAAAUUGUUAAAGAAGGCAGGAAAUUUAAUAUUGAUUUGGUAUCAAAGCUGCUAUAUUCUCGAGGAUUGCUUAUUGAUCUUCUAAUCAAAUCUAAUGUCAGUCACUAUGCAGAGUUCAAAAAUAUUACCAGGAUUCUUGCAUUUCGAGAAGGAAGAGUGGAACAGGUUCCUUGUUCGAGAGCAGAUGUCUUUAAUAGUAAACAACUUACUAUGGUAGAAAAGCGAAUGCUAAUGAAGUUUCUUACAUUUUGUAUGGAGUAUGAGAAACAUCCUGAUGAAUAUAAAGCCUAUGAGGAGAUUACAUUUUCUGAAUAUUUAAAAACUCAAAAAUUAACUCCCAACCUCCAACAUUUUGUUCUGCAUUCAAUUGCAAUGACAUCCAAGACAACCAGCAGUACCAUAGAUGGUCUCAAAGCUACCAGAAAAUUUCUUCACUGCCUUGGGCGGUAUGGCAACACUCCUUUUUUAUUUCCUUUAUAUGGCCAAGGGGAACUCCCUCAGUGUUUCUGCAGGAUGUGUGCUGUAUUUGGUGGAAUAUAUUGUCUUCGCCAUUCAGUGCAGUGCCUUGUUGUGGACAAAGAAUCCAGAAAAUGCAAAGCAAUCAUAGAUCAAUUUGGUCAGAGAAUAAUCUCUAAGCAUUUCCUUGUGGAGGACAGUUACUUUUCUGAGAACACAUGCUCGCACGUGCAAUACAGGCACAUUUCCAGGGCAGUCCUAAUUACAGAUAGAUCUGUACUACAAGCAGAUUCAGAUCAACAGAUUUCCAUUUUGACAGUGCCAGCAGAGGAACCAGGAACUUCGGCUGUUCGGGUCAUUGAAUUAUGUUCUUCAACAAUGACAUGCAUGAAAGGCACAUAUCUGGUUCAUCUGACUUGCACAUCUUCAAAAACAGCAAGAGAAGAUUUAGAACCAGUUGUGCAGAAAUUGUUCAUUCCAUAUACCGAAAUGGAGAUGGAAAAUGAAGUUGAAAAGCCAAGACUUCUAUGGGCUCUUUACUUCAAUAUGAGAGAUUCUUCAGACAUCAACAGGAACUCUUAUAAUGAUUUACCAUCCAACGUUUAUGUCUGCUCUGGCCCAGACUGUGGUCUAGGAAAUGAUAAUGCAGUCAAACAGGCUGAGACCCUCUUCCAGCAAAUCUGCCCCAAUGAAGACUUCUGUCCACCACCUCCAAAUCCUGAAGACAUUGUUCUGGAUGGAGACAGUUUACAACCAGGGACUUCAGAAUCCAGUGUCGUACCAGAGGCUAAUUCAGAGACUCCCAAGGAAAGUGCAAACCUGUGGAAACCAGAGGAGCACUCUGAAUAACAGAUAUAUACCAAACUAUUUGUCCCACUUUGGAAGUUCCUCCAGGCCUCAGAGUCUUCUUGAUUGAGCAGUAGCCAAUUGUCAUGCAGAAUUACCAA